AUGUCCUCGCGCGUCGUCCCGUAUCAUCCCGCUCCUCCUACCGCAUCGCGCAUUCCGGUGCGCGUGCUAGUAGCGCUGCUGGCGGUGGCGAUGGCGGGCGGGGCGGCGCAGGCGCGGCCGGAGGGCUUCGGGCGGUGGUUCGUGGUCCCCGCACUGGACGGCGAGGGGUCGUACGCGGCCGCGUGCGGGCCGUGCGUGGCGGAGGAGACCCCCGCGUGCAACGUGAGCGGACGCAGCAAGGGGCACGAGUUGCGCAGCUACCCCGAUGACGAGGUGUGGGUGACAACCAUAGUGGUGAACGCUUCAUACGACAAGGCAGUGGAGGAUGGCACGUGGCGCCUGCACUCCUUCUUCGCCGGCCACAACGCGCGCUCCGAGCCCAUCGCACUCACCGCCCCGGUCCUCACCAUGCCGCGCCCCGAGGCAGCCGGCUACGAGGUGUCCCUGGUGGUGCCGCGGCGCUACUCGCCUGAGAGUGUGCCGCAGCCCACAGACCCGACAGUGAAGCUCGUGCUGAUGCCGCGCGGUGUGGUGCGUGCUGUGCUGGGGCCGUUUGGGGGAUUCCCCACGGAGGCGGUGUAUGGCAGCAAGCUGCAGCGCCUUAAAGGGUUGUUGGAGCGGCGUGGCAUGGGGUUUGAUGAAAGCUCGGGCGCGUAUGCGGGGUACAGUGGGCCGUACACACUGCUUAAUAGGAAACAGGAGACCAUAGCGGCGUAUAUCUGGACUUGCCGUUCAAUAGCUCUCGUCAAAUCCCCUACUCUCCUUUCUCCCCCUCUUUUCCCUUCCGCCCCUCUAACGCGACUGGGAACACCAACACUCAGCGCCAUGGUUCUCAAGACGGAGCUCUGCCGGUUCAGCGGCGCCAAGAUCUACCCCGGGAGGGGCAUUCGCUUCAUCCGCGCCGACUCGCAGGUGUUUCUGUUCGUGAACGCCAAGUGCAAGCAGUACUUUCACAACCGCCUCAAGCCGUCCAAGCUCGACUGGACCGCCAUCUACCGCAAGCAGCACAAGAAGGACGUGCAAGCGGAGGGCGUGCGGCGGAAGAAGCGCACGACCACCAAGGUGCACAGCCGCUCCAUCGUGGGCGCGUCGCUCGAGGUCAUUCAGAAGCGCCGCUCCGAGAAGGCCGAGGUCCGCGCCGCCGCCAGAGAUGCCGCGCUCCGUGAGAUCAAGGAGCGGCUGAAGAAGGUGAAGGAUGAGAAGAAGGCCAAGAAGGCAGAGGUGACAACCAAGCAGGCCAAGGCCGCUACCAAGGCGGCAGCCCCACGCGCUUCAGGGCCCAAGGGUGGCAAGGGCGCAGUCGCCUCGCCCCACCAGGCCGCCACCAUGGCGCUCGUAGCGAACGAGGGGUUUCAGCACAUUCUGCGCGUGCUCAACACCAACGUGGACGGCCGGACCAAGAUCAUGUACGCGCUCACCUCCAUCCGCGGUAUUGGCCGCCGCUUCGCUAACAUCGUCUGCAAGAAGGCGGACGUCGACCUCAACAAGCGGGCGGGCGAGCUAUCGGCAGCGGAGCUGGAGAAUCUGAUGGUGAUAGUGGGCAACCCGCGGCAGUUCAAGAUCCCCGACUGGUUCCUGAACAGGCAGAAGGACUACAAGGACGGCCGCUACUCGCAGGUCGUGUCCAACGGACUCGACAUGAAGAUGCGCGACGACCUCGAGCGCCUCAAGAAGAUCAGGAAUCACCGUGGGCUGCGACACUACUGGGGCCUGCGUGUGCGUGGGCAGCACACCAAGACCACUGGUCGUCGUGGCCGGACUGUUGGUGUGUCCAAGAAGCGAUAG